GCAAGAAUGGGAGCUUCGGAAACUUCUUAUUAUUGAGGGUGCAGGCAGCUCGCAUAGAGGACACCGCGCUAACAGCUUCACUUGCAGUGACCAAAAUGCGCAUGAAGGGCCAGUCGAGACAAAGCCGAGAACCGAGUCCCCAAAAGGCGACGCAUUAAAUCAGCAGGGUUCCUGCACAAUUUAGCCGGACUGGAAAACCUGCUUGAAGGCGCAUCUGUUGAGGAACCGCAACUCUGAUUAUAACUUUGAGUAUCCAGGACUGGAUUAAAGCUCCUAGGAGGUGAUGUAACUGAGCAAAUGAGCAACGCAGGGAUAUCAAGGGCGAAACUGUGUCCAGCGCCUCGGGAUAGUUGAUCAUGCAUUUUUAUCUUCUUUUUACUCUGUCUUGUUUAUUAGUAAAGUCAUGCGCCGUGAUCGCGCGUGUUGGAGUUUGAUUUUAGUUAUCUGUAAGCGUUCUGUUCACUGACAUGCACUAACGACACCUGCGCACGGAGAGGAUCCGGAUGGUAACAUAUCCGGAAGCAUGUCUGCACUUCGGAAAAAAUUUGGUGACGACUACCAGAUAGUGACCACUUCAUCCAGCGGCUCGGGGUUCGGGCAGACCGGUCAGGAGCGGAAACGGAAACGGCAGCGCUUCGUGGAUAAGAACGGCCGCUGUAACGUCCAGCACGGUAACCUGGGUGGAGAAACCAGUCGUUACCUGUCCGACUUGUUCACCACACUAGUGGACCUGAAAUGGCGCUGGAAUCUGUUCAUAUUCAUCCUGACCUACACGGUGGCCUGGCUCUUCAUGGCCUUCAUGUGGUGGCUAAUUGCGUACGUGCGCGGAGACUUGAACCGUGCGCACGACGACAAGUACACACCGUGCGUCGCCAACGUGUACAACUUCCCCUCAGCGUUCCUCUUCUUCAUAGAGACUGAGGCCACUAUCGGCUACGGCUACAGGUACAUAACGGACAAGUGUCCCGAGGGCAUCAUUCUUUUCCUCUUUCAGUCCAUCCUCGGCUCUAUCGUGGACGCAUUUCUCAUAGGCUGCAUGUUCAUUAAGAUGUCUCAGCCCAAGAAAAGGGCCGAGACGCUGAUGUUCAGUGAACAUGCGGUCAUCUCCAUGCGGGACGGAAAACUCACGCUCAUGUUCAGGAUCGGAAACCUGCGGAACAGCCACAUGGUCUCAGCGCAAAUCCGCUGCAAACUGCUUAAAUCUCGGCAGACCCCUGAAGGUGAGUUCCUCCCUCUAGAUCAGUUGGAGCUGGAUGUAGGUUUCAGCACUGGUGCAGAUCAGCUCUUCUUGGUAUCUCCCCUCACCAUCUGUCAUGUGAUAGACAGUAAAAGCCCCUUUUAUGAGCUCUCUCAGCGGUCCAUGCAGACUGAGCAGUUUGAAAUUGUGGUGAUCCUGGAAGGAAUUGUGGAAACCACAGGCAUGACAUGCCAAGCGAGGACAUCAUACACAGAAGAUGAGGUGCUAUGGGGCCAUCGGUUCUUCCCUGUCAUCUCUCUGGAGGAUGGAUUCUUCAAGGUGGACUACUCUCAGUUCCACGCCACUUUUGAAGUCCCCACUCCACCACACAGUGUAAAAGAGCAGGACGAGGCCCUGCUCAUGUCCUCUCCACUCACUGCUCCGUCGUUGUGUAACAGUGGUGAGAAGAACAACUCUCUAGACUGCCUGGAGCUUUUGGAGGAUGCCGAGACAACCAGCAAGCUCCCAGCCAAGCUGCAGAAGAUGACGGGACGAGACGGGAUGCCAAGGAAGCUGCUCCGAAUGAGUUCCACUACAUCUGAGAUGACCUACAGUUUGGGAGACCUGUCCACAAAGCUGCAUCGCAUCAGCUCCGUGCCAGGUAUCUCUGAAGAAAAGAAUGUAUCUAAGAGUGCCAAAAUAAAUGCAGAGCCCAUCAGCCAAUCGGUUGCAGAUUUGCCUCCCAAGCUGCAGCGACUGGCAGGGGGAGGGGGUGGAGGACGUAUGGACGGACAUUUGCCACCCAAAUUACGAAAGAUGAACUCAGAUCGCUUCACGUAGGUGACACGAGCAAUCACACACAUGUACUAUACUUUUACUUUAGGCUAGCUAGCAUGGACAGAAUCUUAUGCCUAGUGAACUAUAAAAGAGGACAACUUGAAUAAAGCACAUUUAUGGAGACCUGUGGGUAGACAUACAGCGAGCUAAUUCUUUCAGGUUGUGAUUUGUAAGCACAAUCUGGCAUGUAUGGAACACAAAGUGCAUGUUAAUGCAGUGAUCUGCUAUCAGGCAUGUUUUAUUUAGGCACGUUUAUCUGAAGAGGGAAUCAAGUUUGCCAAGACAAGCUGGUCAUCUGAGCAUCAAGCCAUAUGAUCGGACAAUUUUUCAUAGAUGCCUGAUGUUUAUUUAUUUUAUUUAUUCUUUUGUUCUCUUGUGAAAAAGUGUUUCUUAGAUUAUGUUAAAAUGCAUGUUUACUUAGAGAGGUAAUGUACUCUAAUGUUAGAAUUGAAUAUAUUACCUUCUUUCAUUUUUCUCAGCUUGUCUAUAAUUGUUUUUAAGAUUUUAACAGACAGGGUAAGCUUCAUUCUUCCACAAAUUGGGAUCAAGGGAAGUUCAUCAAAACGGUUUCGUAAAAGAAAAAUUACAUAAGCUAAGUGGAUCUUAAUGGUUUUUAGAACUAUCAGCCCUGCAUUAAAGGAAAAAAAAAACAACUGAAAUUUGCAAGAUCAUUAUAAAUCCCCGAGCUCGUUUAGAGUCUGGAUGAAAUUCAUUGCACUAGCAUCAAUGCAUUUUCCCCUCUGCCUAAAUUAAGCAAUAACUAAAUGCUGUACAAACACUUACCUCUGGGUAGCUACUUUGAUUAAUAUGUCUGCUGUAUUGAUCUCUAAGACACAUAAACAUGGCUAAUUUGAACUCCUGUUGUACAUUCCAGUACAUGCCUUUUGUGGUAGACUGUUUAACAAGAUCUAUAAUUAGUUUUUUAGCUUUAAUAGUGCUUUAAAUUCAUUUGGCUAGUUUACACAUAUUGUAGUCUGAUUAUACUGAGACUGUUGUAUAAUUAUAUAACUAAAUACCAUGAGAAAUGGAGACAUGGUUCAAUGUUUAACCUUUGAGAUUAGAAUCAACUCACAUUUACUACCUAACCACAAAGUUAAUUCUCUCCCUCGCUGCUUGAUUGAGUGGCAAGGUAGAUUCAUGCAUGCAAGUGCCUGAUCCGAUGAAGUGGUGUCUAAAUCUUGUUAAUACCCCCUGACUGAGCAGCACUCUUUCCCCUGAGCCUCUGUCUUUAUCACCAUGGAGAUCUCUGCACCUACUGCCAUUUACUGUCCCGCUGUUAGCCUCACGGUGAGAAAAUGACAGUGGAGAUGGGCUUAGGUUAUAGAAUAGAAGCUUUUACUCUGCACCAAUGGAAAACAGUGGCAAUAUCACCAAUCACGACCUGUAGAAGGAAAGCUGCUAUGGAUGGUGGAUAUGGCACUGCAUCACUAACUGGCACUGUGUCCUUUAUUAGCAUAAAUUCACCAAGGUCUUGCUUUUUCACUAUAGGAUUUCUGCCUCACUCACUCUCUUUGUGUUUGGUAAGUUACAAAAAAGAUAAUGAGAUAAUGCCCAAUGAUUUACUUUUCUGUAUUUUUUUUCUUACCUGUUAUCCAGACAGUUGAAAAAUGGACCAGAAAACCAAGACAAUGAAACUAAUCACAGAUGUAUUAAAAUAUCAGGACUGAAUAUUGAGUCUGAUUAUUAAGAACAUGUGUAUGGAAAAUGCCUGUAAUUUUUUGUUAAAGUCAAUGUCACAGUUUCCGAAAUUACCUUCAUUAUAAUCAUAUACAUACAUAUGCAUAAUAUCUUAAGACUCAGUUUAUUUAUGUCUUUAAGUCUUUAAGACACUGUAUAAGCCCAAUAAACCUUUCUACAUAUUUUGUUAGUAAAGUAAGGUUUCAUGUGUUCUUUACAUCAUUCUAAAUAUACUGAGGGAUAAGCAUUAAACCGUAUGAGGUAGUUGACCUUAAGGAUACAAGAAUAGACGUAUCCAGUCUUUCCUGUAGUGUACUGUUAUAUAGGUUAAUGACCACACACAAUUAAGGCACAAUAAACUCUGAAAUAUUAUACAUUUGAGAUUAUUAAAUUAUU